ACGUUCUCUGUUACGUCAGCGGAUGUUGAUGAGACGAGACGUCAUGGACACACAUGGGGCAGGAGAGUGUCCGGUGCAGUGCACAGAGUUAGAAGAUGAUUUUGUUCCUUCAAAGCUAGGAACCAAGCAGCACUGGGAUGAUGCUUAUAAGAGAGAGCUACAGACUUACAAGGACAUUGGAGAUGUGGGAGAAAUAUGGUUUGGUGAAGAAAGCAUGGACAGAGUGAUCAGAUGGAUGGAAGCGCAAAAUAUACCAGAAAAUGCCUCCAUACUUGACAUUGGAACUGGGAACGGGAUGUUUCUUGUGGAACUGGCCAAGCAUGGUUUUUCCAACCUCACUGGAGUCGACUAUUCCAAGGCUGCUGUGGAGCUCACCGUAAAUAUCCUGGAAGGAGAAGGCUUAAAAAACGUUACAAUUAAGGUGGAGGAUUUCCUGAACCCCAGCACAGAAUUGAAGGGUUUUGAUGUAUGUAUAGAUAAAGGCACGUUUGAUGCCAUUAGUCUGAGUCCAGAGGACAGAGAGGAGGCCAAAAAGCUCUAUGUGAACUCUUUAAAAGCUGUCAUGCAACCGGGAGGCUUCUUCAUCAUCACCUCCUGCAACUGGACCAAAGAGCAGCUGCUCCAGAUCUUCAGACCUGGGUUUGAGCUGGCACGGGAGCUGCCCACCCCCCAUUUCCAGUUUGGUGGUGUGACGGGAAAUAGUGUCACAGCUUUGGUAUUUAAACGCAUUGACUGAUCCUUACGUUUUUUUAAAUGUUUAGUUAUGUACUUUUAUAAUAAACUAUUUUGGAAGAUAA